AUGCUCAUACAUGGUUCUCCAGGCUACGAUGGAGUAUUUGACAUUCCCCUGGGAUUCAAAAUCCCAAGAGCAGCCCAUCAUGUCAUUGGUCUCACUGCUGAAGAAGCAACAGUCGCCUUGGAGUUCGGUCCUACUCGCGUGAUCGCUCAUUUAGGCGAGUCCGAACGUUGCUUCCCCUCCCCUGUCUGGGCCGACAGAGAUCGGAAAAAUUGCUGUACGAUGGCGGAUCAGGCCAAUAGUGGACGCUCAAAGUUCAAGCUUGCCCGAAUUUAUGGUGUUAAUGCGCUUCUGGAUGGAGGGUUUGAUAGUGGAAACAUAAUUCUGACCCUUCCGCCUGGAGAAAAGAAGAUAAGGGCGAUCCAAGCAGCUUUCAGGAACUUAUCCAAGGACAUGAUGUUUGGUUUCGACUCAUUUAUGAGCGAGCGAGCUACUUCAGCAUUGACGUGGAGAACUGGUCAGACAGUUCCCAAGGCUUAUGGAAAGAGCUCAAGCACAAACCUGUUGAACCUGGCAUUUAUUGGAUUCGUUAAUUACACCACUGAUCAGAAAAAUGACUGUAUAAUUAUUGACGACGGCUACUGUAUGUUUCUACUCCCUGAUAGUUGGGCCAAGAUACAACAAGCAGUUGCUGCAGUGGAGGACUGCACAAUUCCGCUUGGAGGCCAAACUUUCGUUUUGAAGUGGUUAAGACCAAUGCUCAAAAGCCCUCACGAUCGUCCCGUCUUGGAAAGAUUCAAAACAAACGAGCCAGUCAUUAAGCCUCUGACCAAAUCUCAUGUCGAACUUGUGGGCAUGACCUUCUUACACGAACCAACACCGACUAUUGUCUCCGCUAUGGCUAUGUGUGAGUACGUGGAACGUAUCAGACAGUUAUUGUGCGAUCUGAUGCCGCCGUAUCCUCCUCCAGGCAUUCGAGAGCCCUGUCAGACAUUGACAAUUCGCUUGCAAUUCCCAACACUUCCUGGCGGCGCACUGGCUACAAAGUGCGACCCCUCGGACGCUGGUGUAGAUGCGAAUCUGGUAUCUAACGCCAUGAUUCUGGUUCCUUUGGAGUUCAAAGACACACCCCCAGAAGGUGAGCUGGUAUAUCUCUGCCAUGCAGUUUUUGGAUUGUGGGGUUACAUGGGUCAAUAG